AUGGCUUUUCCCCCCCGCUACUGCUCAGGCGACUUCGCCCCAUUGUUUCGGUUCCUCGACGAUUACGAUAUGCACCAGUCCACACGUCGAACAAGCCACAAGAAGGUCACCAACGUCAAAACCUUUGCUCCUAGAUUUGAUGUAUACGAGCAAGGCGAUCGGUACUACCUUGAUGGAGAACUCCCUGGAGUCGAACAGAGCAACAUUGAAAUCGAAUUCACCGACCCUCAAACCCUAGUCAUUAAGGGCCGCUCCGAGCGGAAAUACCACAAGGAACAACGAUCAGAGCCUGAUAACUAUGAUGGAUCCGAGACGUCUUCUGUCAAGUCUCUCCAGCCCACGGUGGAAGAUUGGGAUGAGAUGAGCGAUGCCGCCCCCGCCGCCGAACGAACCUCAGCGUCAACCUACAAGGGUAAAGCAGUAGAGAAGACCUCCAACCCUAAGAGACACGAACCGGCCUGCAAGUUCUGGGCCUCUGAACGCUCAAUUGGAGAGUUCCACCGAACCUUUGCAUUCCCUACCAGAGUGGACCAGGACUCAGUCAAGGCCAGCCUGAACAACGGUAUCCUGUCGGUGGUGCUUCCGAAAGAACCGGCUCCCCUACUCAAGAAGGUCCGCAUCGAAUAG